AGCUCCCUUAACCACUAGUUGGUCCUGCUGUUUUUUUCGGUGUGUUUAUUUCCUUGGCGAGAGAGGCAGUCUGGACAGGGUCCCACACCAUAGCCCAGCCCCACCCCGCCCGGCAGGCCACAGACACACCUGGUGUGGUGAGGCAGACCCAGGCUGUGAACUGGGGCACCCCACGGGGCCUCCAGCAGCACCCUCACUGCCCCCCCUCCGGUGGUUGGCUGCCACCUUUGUGCCCUGCUAACACAGGGCCUCAGGCCUCAGGCUCCAGCCUACUUACCUGGGCCUGUGACCCUCUGCCCUGUCACCAGGGCAGCCCUGCCCAUCCUAGCAGAGGUGCCACCUUGUUUCCGCACUGUCCUUCAGCUUCGGUUCUGGCUCUACUGAAGCUGCCUCCCAGAACCUGCCUACAGAGGGGCCUGAGCUCGGCAGUGGCCCGGGUCCAGCCCAGGCGCACAGAGCCACGUGUCCUUGUGCACUCGGUUCAUUCUCGCAAGGUCAGGCGGGACAGCCCUCUCGCCUGGAGGAGGAUCCAGAGGUCUGUGUGCUGAAGCCCAUGUCGGUGGACACUUCUGUGGAGCACCUUGCGCCAGGAGCCGUGCAGCGUGUUGGGCCAGGUGGCACAGCAGCCGAGGGCACAUGCAUGUCCAGAUAGGAGCCCGGCAGCCCAGGCCGGAAGGGCGGAUCCCAGCAAGGCUGGGCCUCUGACUGCCAGUGGACUGGAGAGCUGCGAACCCAAGCCUUCACCUGCUUCCAGGGCCACUUCCUCCUCACUCUGAGGAAGAUGGAGAAGCCUGCAGUCCGGAAAAAGAAGGCCCCAUCCCCCAAGGGGGAAGCAGAGGUGCAGGACACGCUGAAGGCAGAGAGGGCAUGUGGGGAGCAGCCCAGCAGGAGGGCAGCGUCAGGGAGGAGGCACAGCAAGGAGCCGAGCCUGAGCCCCGAGGACGAGGAGCACAUCUUCGAAGCCUUCGAUGCUGCGUUCAAGGAUGAUUUCCAGGGUGUGCCUGUGUUCGUCCCUUUUCAGAGGAAGAAGCCCUACGAGUGCGGGGAGUGUGGGCGAGUCUUCAAGCACAAGACAGACCACAUUCGCCACCAGAGGGUGCACACCGGGGAGAAGCCCUUCCAGUGCGGGGAGUGCGGGAAGACUUUCCGGCACAGUUCCGAUGUCACCAAGCACCAGAGGGUGCACACCGGCGAAAAGCCCUUCCAGUGCGGGGCGUGCGGGAAGGCCUUCAACUGCGGCUCCAACCUCCUGAAGCACCAGAAGACGCACACCGGGGAGAAGCCCUACGAGUGCGGGGAAUGCGGGAAGGCCUUCACCUACAGCUCCUGCCUGAUUCGCCACCGGAAGCGCCACCCGCGGAGAAAGCACUAGUGUCCUGGCCCCUCAUGGUGCCUGCUCGCCCACAGGAAAACUAGCCCUGGCAGAUGCUGCGCUCCCAGAGCGAGAGCCCAUUCUGCUGCAGAGGCCCUCUCGCGAGCCACACAUCAUAGCUGGGAGCGCCUUCAGGCUCCCUGCCCCGUGGCUGUUUUCAGAGCGUUGGGUGGCUCAGCACGGGAUGCCUGCUAACGGCCAGGAGAGAGUGGUGUCCCUCUCUGGCCUUUCACUUGCACCUCUGAAGACUCAGGCCGGAGCUGGACAGCGGCACCCACACAAGCUCUGGGGCCACUGGACUGCACAGACCCACUGCCCCAGCCGAGCGCCUCAGGGACUGGCCUGUCGUCGCUUCGUGCCAGCAGCCUGAGCCCGUCCCGUCCCUGGAACCGGGCCGUGCUGUGGACUUUCCCCAUCCUGACCUGUGUGAGUGGGUGGACCUCUGUGGACCCAGGUUCUCAGGGCCUGGAAUGUGGCCACUGGAGGAGGCUCAACCUGGCCUCCACUUGAGUCAUGCCACUUUUCUAGCCUGACUGGGGACAGGGAGGGCAGUAAGUCUCUGUGGCCACACCGCCCUGGCAUGGUCUGCGUGGGGCCCUCUAGAGCACUGUGACAUGUUUCGGGGCACACAGCGACUCGGAAGUGACCUGGCCUUUUUUGGGGAAAUGUUGGCACUGUAUUUGCAAUGGUUUGGACACAAAAAAAUGAGUGGCCUUAGUCUUUGGGGAUUUCAUCUCAAGGAAGGCCUUGAGUCAGAGCAGAGGCAGGCCUGCCCGUCAGACCAUCCCAGAGCCGAGGAGGGCGGCACCCCAUGGCGGAGAGCAGCACAGGGCACCUCAGUGGGGACCUCCCGAGAGCACUCGCUGGGAUGCCUGCUGCGCCAGCAGUCCCCGCCCGCCGCUGUGCCGCGGCCUCACCGGGCUGAGGUGCAGACCUGCACCCUGGGAGAGCAGUUUCUUCUCACUAGCUCACGCUGGCUGCCUGACUGAGAGCUCACUCUGGCUGAUGGGAGCCCAGAAGCCGUCAAGACCAGCUGGCUGUGGACAGGCUCUUCGACUUCUGCCCCUCGUACCCAUUUCCCAAAGAGGACACACUGGUGAGUCGCUGCUGCCUGCUCCACUCCCCUUCCCUGUGGAAAGACGGAAGCAGCUGAACUAGGAGACGAAAUUCACCUGAGCCUCAAAACCAAAUGAAACCCCAGGAGUUCUGCCUCUGGCCCCAUCAGCCUUCCUGGAUCGCGGCCCAGCACAGCCCGCCAGAGUGAGGGACUCCCCACGGGGUCUUCGCACCCACUCCCCACGCAACACGUUGUGUUCGUGUGGCCGUGGCCACGUGCGUGUGCUCACCCCAUUCUGUUGGGGCCGUGGCCACCUGUGUGCUCCUGUGUAGUUUGGAAUCACGCCGCCCCUUCUCACACGUCAGGCGUCCUGCAGGGUCAGCCGGCUCAGCCAGUCAGGAACGAGGUAGUGACUGCUUUACAGCGAAGACGUCUCUCACCCUCUUCAGGCCGUCAGAGCAGAGGGCCCCCAGCGUCAGAACCCAGAACCGGCUGCUCUACACUGCUAGCUUGAAGGAGGCAGGGGGAGGAAGGACACCUGGUGGAGAGCGGCAGGCUCCCAGCCCCCUGCUGAGAGCUGUGAGCACAAGGACACAGGAAGCUAGGAAGGCCUGCAGGCAGCCUCCCUGGGCUCCCCGCACAGGUGCUCAGACGCUUCCCACCAGCCACAUCCGUGCAGGCCGAGCUGGUACCCAAGCUGCUGCAGAGCCAUCGUGUGCCCGUCCUGAGAGGCGCUCACCGUGCAGCAGCUCCAACCAGGCCUUGGGAUACCACAGCUUGGCGCUGCCGUGCGUCCUGGCAUCAACACUGUGCGCACCAAGCUGUGCCAGUGCAUCCCAGCAGGACUCCGUGCCCGCGUGGUGAGGCAGUGAGCAUGCAGGGAGUGGUGCCAGCCCCACAGCCCCAGCCCUGCAACAGCACAGCCCACCUUGGUCCAUGGUAGGGGUGCUGCAGCUGAGCAUCACUGCUCUGGCAGGCCCACCUGUAUUUCCUGGGGAUGCCAGGGUGUACCUGGGCUUUGUUCCUGGUAGCCUCUCCUGUGGGACCGCAGUCUGGCCCUGAGCUGAGACACCAAGACCCACUGCUGAGGAAGGCGGCCGCAGCACCGGGAGGACCAGGCACAGUGUUCAUGGCCCGACGGAACCAAGCGGCAGUGGGCAGGGGGCGUCCAUGGUCAGCAGGACAGCAGAGGACCAGGGGAAAGCCAGCCAGAAGGGAAGGGUGGGCACUGGGCCCACGGCAGACCCACUUAGCCAGGUGAGGAGCCACACCCAGGCUUUAGCUCGUGCCUUUGGGACCUUGGCACUUGCUCUCUAGCUGCAGCAGCGGGUUCUGAGAACCAGGCGGAUGAGCAGCUCUCCCAUCAACUCACCUUGACCAGAACCCCCACUCACAUGCUGCCUUGCGGGUGUCCCUGCAGACAGCUCCAGGGGCUGGGACGUGGCCGCCCCGGCCAUGGGUUCUGAGCUUUAGUGCUCACGCCUGCAUUCUCCCAGCUGUGGUUCCCCGUGAGGGCAACACCUGGAUUUCUGCCCCCCACGCACACACACGCAGGCCCAGUCGCAGUGGCCGGCGCCUUGAACAGCCGGACCGCAUGGUCCCAGCCCCGUGUUCAGCAGCAGGGCUGCCUGCUGUUAUUCUGCACGUCCAAAAGCGGGACCGUCUGGUGGGCUGAUGUCUGUGAGCUCUUUUGGUGAUGUAAGGUUUGGGGCCAGCCCCCCAUGUUUGGGUUAAGUGUCUCCUGUGCAGUUCCUGCAGCUCCAGCUCCAAGCCUCAACAGCUGUCCUGGGCUCCCUGGGCCCUCACUGCAGGCUCCUCCUGGAGAGCUCUCUUCUCAGUAAACGUCUAUUUCUGACCCACUGACUGCUGUCUACCUCCCUGCAGUCUGGGGUACAGGCAAGUCCCCUCCC